AUGGAUGGGAGCGACAAAGGACUGGAGACUUUUGCGGAUCCGCGGCUAAGUCGAAAGUACCAGCAGGAACAAGCGGUGAAGCUAGUUCAGCAUCCUCGCCUGGCAAGGCUUCUUGCCAAGUUGACGUUUUUCCACACCAUCCUCCUCCACACCAUCAAGUCUGUAAUCUCACCCUCGGAUUCCCAUACUGCACUUUCCCUAGUUCGCAGCACACUCGCUGCCAAUCAAUCCUACCAGAAAUCUCUCGACUCUCUUGCGCAGUCCCUUCGGAGUGAGCUUGCCCGUUCGGAGAAACUCCUUGGAGAAGUGGAGCGGAAUGCCACCUCAAAAGGUAUCGGUUCCGUACUAAGGACAUGGCCGAAAGAGCAUGUAGUUCUCAUCAGGGAAGGAUGGGUCGGAAUGAAGACAAUCAUUGGGAGGAAACAAAUAUUUGCAGACGAUUCGCCUUUCCAUGACGAUGUGAUUAGGCAUAAACGGUAUAGGAAUUUGACGACUCCAAACCAUUUACUCCCCAAAGAACGCUCCUCACUGAUGUCUACGGUUCGUAACGAGAAUAUGCGACUCUGUACCCGCGAGCUUGCAUCAAGUGGUGCUACAGAUGCUCUUGAUAAUUGCCAGCUACCGAUCUUGAACGAACGCACGAUGGGUUGGAUUGGGACAGAAUUGCCUCUCAGGUUCGUUCAUUCAUGGGCGUCUCCAGCACUCAAUCCAGCGGAAUUAUUAUUCGAGCAACGAACAGCUCAAGAAUGUAAAGUCCAGUGGAUGGUAGUGGAUCGUCCGGAAUCGGCCAAUGCCACAGACCUAUCAUGGGACGACGAGGAAGAUGUCAAAUUACGAUCCUUGGUUGGCGACAAAGACUACAAGCAAGGGGAGGUAGACUGGGUGGUAGUUGCAACAGAGCUAGGGGGAAACAGAUUACCCAUUCAUUGCCCCAGUAGGUUUCUCUGUCUGGAAGGCCUCGCGCUUCCACAGCCAAAGAAAGGCAAUACUUCCUCUCAGCGUCCAGGUGCUGGAUUGCCUCGUGAAAAGGAGCAAUGGACAACUAAAGAAGAUGCCGAGCUCCUCGAUGCGGUGUACGAUCUAGGGGCGGGUAAAUGGCGUGCAAUUUCACAGUCACUCUCUACCUUGAGAACCCCCCCUGCUUGUGCGCAACGUUAUCGUGCCUCCCUCGAUCCCACUAUCAAGAAGGGAGAGUGGACAUAUUCUGAGGACGAGAAACUCAGGGAAGCGGUCACAGUCUAUGGUACUCAUUGGAGCAAAGUAAGCUCCUGUGUCAAAGGGAGGACGGGUCCACAAUGUAGGGAGCGCUAUACAAGGACGACUAUUGCUGGGAUAAACGGUGGAAGGUGGACAUCCGAGGAGGAUAGAAGGCUUCGACAAGCUGUGGUCGAGGGAGGAAUUAAGGACUGGAAUGUCGUUGCCGAUGUUGUCGGCACUCGUAGUGGCCAGCAGUGUCAACGCCGGUGGGGGAUUCUUGAGAAGUUGCCGAACAUUUCUGUGCCGGACAAUUCGAACGAUCCUCGUGAUGGAGAUGGAGACAGUAAUGCCAAAGAUGACGUCGGCCCCAACACUCCCGAUCCAGCUUCCGAUACGACCACGUCUGCAAAAACUCGCUCAACCAAGCGAGGAAGACGACAACGGAAGCCCCCGGCUGCAUCAAAUUCCCCGUCUACUUCUGCCAAUGCAAUGGACGGCGUGCAGGAAGUAACGUCAGCCCGCUCAGAUCAUGAAGGUGCAGAGCAAGGUGCAGAGGAAGCCCCACGUCCAGUAACACCCAGACCAAAACCCAAACCGAGGACCAGGGAAAACAUCAGCCAAGAUGCAACAAAUGUUGAAGUGUAA